GCCUGCGGUAGAAGUGCUGAGGCUGGCAGAGCCGCCAUUUUGAAUGUCAGCCUUGUUCCUCUGUCCUCCGCGAAGACAGACGAUUCUCGUGUGUUUCUGGUGUCACCGAGCCUGAGGAUGCCAGCUCCAAUCAGACUCCGGGAGCUUAUCCGGACCAUCCGGACUGCCCGGACCCAGGCAGAGGAACGGGAGAUGAUUCAGAAAGAAUCUGCUGCUAUUCGGUCAUCUUUCAGAGAAGAAGACAAUACGUACCGCUGUCGAAAUGUCGCCAAGCUGCUCUAUAUGCACAUGCUGGGCUAUCCAGCUCACUUUGGACAGUUGGAGUGCCUGAAAUUGAUUGCGUCUCAGAAGUUCACAGACAAACGAAUAGGGUACCUGGGCGCCAUGUUGCUACUGGAUGAGAGACAAGAUGUUCAUCUACUGAUGACAAAUUGCAUCAAGAAUGACCUGAAUCACAGUACGCAGUAUGUCCAGGGCCUUGCCCUUUGUACACUAGGCUGCAUGGGCUCCUCAGAAAUGUGCCGUGAUCUUGCAGGGGAGGUGGAAAAGCUCCUCAAAACUUCAAAUUCAUACCUGAGGAAAAAGGCAGCAUUGUGUGCUGUUCACGUGAUCCGGAAGGUGCCUGAACUUAUGGAGAUGUUCCUCCCAGCAACAAAGAACCUGCUGAGUGAGAAAAAUCACGGGGUUCUCCAUACCUCGGUUGUUCUGCUCACGGAGAUGUGCGAGCGAAGUCCAGAUAUGCUAUCUCAUUUUCGCAAGAAUGAAAAGCUUGUUCCACAGCUUGUCCGAAUUUUAAAGAACCUUAUCAUGUCAGGGUACUCUCCAGAGCACGAUGUCUCGGGCAUCAGCGACCCAUUCUUGCAGGUGCGCAUACUGAGGUUGCUCAGAAUUCUGGGUAAAGGCGAUGAUGACUCAAGCGAGGCAAUGAAUGACAUUCUUGCACAGGUUGCAACAAAUACAGAGACGAGUAAAAAUGUAGGCAAUGCAAUCCUUUACGAAACUGUCCUCACCAUAAUGGACAUCAAAUCAGAAAGUGGGUUGAGGGUAUUAGCAAUCAACAUAUUGGGACGGUUCUUACUAAACAAUGACAAGAAUAUACGAUAUGUGGCACUAACAUCUCUACUGAAGACAGUGCAGACGGACCAUAACGCAGUGCAACGACAUCGCAGUACAAUUGUAGACUGUUUGAAGGACCUAGAUGUGUCCAUCAAGAGACGUGCAAUGGAGCUCAGCUUUGCUCUGGUGAAUGGGAACAACAUCCGUGGUAUGAUGAAAGAGCUGCUAUACUUCCUGGACUCUUGUGACCCAGAAUUCAAAGCAGACUGUGCUUCAGGCAUCUUCCUGGCAGCAGAGAAGUAUGCACCUUCAAAAAGAUGGCACAUAGACACUAUCAUGAGGGUCCUUACCACGGCAGGCAGCUAUGUUCGGGAUGACUGUGUGCCAAAUCUCAUCCAGCUCAUCACCAACAGCGUGGAGAUGCACGCCUACACAGUCCAGAGACUCUACAAAGCCCUGCUCGAUGACAUCUCUCAGCAACCCUUCGUUCAGGUGUCCUCCUGGUGCAUAGGGGAGUACGGAGAUCUUCUUGUGUCAGGCCAGUGUGAAGAGGAGGACCCCAUCCAGGUAACAGAAGACGAGGUCCUUGAUGUUCUGGAAGGCCUCCUAGCUUCCAAUCUGUCGUCCCCUGUAACUCGGGGUUAUGCCCUUACUGCAGUUAUGAAGCUGUCCACUCGCCUCAGUAGUGUCAAUCGGAUUAAGAAGGUAGUGUCGAUAUACGGCAGCAGCAUAGAUGUGGAGCUGCAGCAGAGGGCUGUAGAAUACAAUGCACUUUUCAAGAAAUAUGAUCAUAUGAGGUGUGCUCUGCUCGAGAGAAUGCCCAUCAUGGAAAAGGCCGCAGCCAACGGCCCCACAGAGACUGUUCAAACCAAUGGGGAGGCAGAGCCUGCUGGCCUAGAGCCGAAGCACCCACCCACCAUCAUUCAACCAGCCAAUCAGGCUAACGAUCUGUUGGACCUCCUUGGAGGAAACGACGUGGUGCCUGUAAUCUCCACAGCUCCUGCCAUGAAGCCUGCUUCAGCUGGGGGGGAGCUUCUCGACCUGCUUGGGGGUCUUUCCCUGUCAGCUCCCACUCCUGCCCCCCCUAUUCCCAUGUCGCAACCCCCCUUUCUGCUUGAUGGGCUCUCAUCACAGCCGCUCUUCAAUGACAUUGCUACAGGUAUUCCUCCAAUGACGGCAUACAACAAGAAUGGACUGAAAAUAGACUUCACAUUUGAACGGUCCAAUACAAACCCAAAUAUAGCGAUUAUAACCAUCCAUGCCGCCAAUAGCACUGAGGCAGAGAUGACAAACUUCGUAUUCCAAGCUGCAGUACCAAAGACGUUCCAGCUGCAGCUUCUCUCCCCCAGCAGCAGCAUUAUCCCAGCACUCAACCAGGGCCCCGUCACACAGGUCAUUAAGGUGCUCAACCCGCAGAAGCAGCAACUGAGGAUGAGGAUCAAGCUGACAUAUAACCACAAAGGGUCCCCGGUCCAGGACCUGGCUGAGGUCAACAAUUUCCCCCCACAGUCCUGGCAGUGACGCCCUCCCUCAGCUCCCACUUCAAGUCCCGUAUAGGGAACUAUGGGGGUGGGAUGGGGUGGGUAAGGUUCUUAAAUCUACUACUCAAUGACGAAGCGGCAGGCUGCUGCCCCCAGCUGGCAAAGGGGAGCCGACGCACUCCGACAUCGAUAGAGGUGAUGGUGACAAUGACGAUUACAACAAAGACAUCAACAUACAGAACCGUCAUGUCCAUUUCCUGACUUUACAACUUCCGGUUCCAUCCCGGUGUCUGAAGGCAUUGGCCUGCAAUGGGUGCCAGUCUCCCCCCUGUUCUGUGUUCAGGCACUCUAAAAUCGCCAUCCCCCAGUCACUCAUUCUCAUGUGGAAACUCAUCUUUCUGAUCCAUCAAAGUAAGGAGUUUCCACGCUUAUGCUUGAAGCAGUCUCUUUUGUGGCCCGUCUUUUUAACUAAGUCUAAAUGUUCAUGUUUGGGAAGAUUUGAGGACACUUUUGUAAACAUUCCUCCCCACCCCUCAACUCAAUUAAAUGUAACCGAAGACUAUAAAGUUUGCACUUUAUCUCGUUGUCUGGUCAUUAUGCUGAGUUAAAGUCAUUUCUGGUUGUUUUCAUAAAUCAUUGUGGUCUUAGAAUUUUACACCCCCCCUCCCCAAUAAUGUCCUGAUGUCAAGAUCAUAUUUCAGUAACUCUGAUUACUAGGUCUCUAAUCCAAGGACAGGGUCUGUGGAAAGAUGAUAAAAUAUGUUUUAUAGUAAGCAGUGGGGUCAAUGAACUGGAGGAAUGGGUUUGUUUUACUGAUUGCCUUGUGCAGGAUUUUCUCAGCAGUGUUCCUUGGGCUGCCAUUGCUGUUUUUGCACUCGCACUGCCGUUCUUUGGUCUGCAGGUCUUUUGUUGUUGAAAAGAAGCACCUCGUAUCCAGUCCUGCUGUGCCGUCAGGAUGAAGAAGCUCUGAAUAUUCACUUUCAUACUCAAAGGGAAGUCGGAGAGCGUUUUGACCCUUUAUUACAGGGUUGCUUUUAACUGUCCAGAACUGCAAGAAUGAUUUUUUUCAAACAGCCCAGUUGACCUUAGACAUCUAAAAUUUUCUAUAUGUAGUGAUAUUCUUCCUUUUGAUUUUAGUAUUAGAUGAUCAUUUUCCCUAGUGUAACCUACUGGUUUUUUUUUUUUUAUGUUCUGUUUGCUGUCCUUUGAUUUUUACUUGAUCACCGGUGUUUACUUCGAGGAAAUGUUUUUUGAUAAAUGGGUUUUACAAGCUCUUCACUUUUGACAGGAUUAUUGCCAGCUUUCUUACCCCCCCCCCCCCCCCCCAA